GCUCUCAUCACUACCGCCACCAUCAUCACCAUCCCCAUCAUCAUCAGCAGUAGCAGUAGCAGCAGCAGCAGCCCCGCCUCAGGACGUGGACCGCUGGCCGGCUGGUUCCUCCCCAACUCAACCUCCCCCACAUCUGGCGGGCUGUCAGCACAGUGAACUGCCGCUCCGUUCUUCCCGGCGCGGCAUGCCCACAUCCGCGCCGUCUCGCGCGACAAGAAGCAAGAGAAGCGGACUUGAACCGGAGCGCCUGCUAUGUCUGAGGUGCGGAAAUUCACAAAGAGGCUGAGCAAGCCGGGGACGGCCGCGGAAGUCAGGCAGAGCGUCUCGGAGGCAGUGAGGAGCACCGUGGACCUGGUGGAGCAGCCGAAGAUCAUCGAGCCGCUGGACUACGAAGCGGUGGUGUUCCAGAGGAAGGCCCAGAUCCACAGCGACCCCCACAGAGACCUGCUGCUCUGCCCUGCUGAUGAUGUCUCUGAGUCCCAGAUCUCCCGGCAGAGGAGGACCGUCGUUCCUUCUGUUCCUCAGAACGCCGAGCAAGAGGCCAGGAGUCUGUUUGCUAAAGAGUGCAUCAAGAUGUACAACACCGACUGGCACGUCAUCAACUACAAGUACGAGGCUUACUCGGGCGAUUUCCGCAUGCUGCCAAGCAAAGGGCUGAAGACAGACAAGCUUCCCGCUCACGUGUUUGAGAUCGAUGAAGACACCAAAGAUGAGGACACGGCGUCGCUGUGCUCCCAGAGGGGAGGCAUCCUGAAGCAGGGCUGGCUGCAGAAAGCCAACAUCAACAGCAGCCUGUCUGUCUCCAUGAGGGUGUUCAAACGGAGAUACUUCUACCUGUCCCAGCUCCCCGACGGUUCCUACAUCCUCAACUCCUACAAGGACGAGAAGAACUGCAAGGAAACCAAAGGCUCCAUCUACUUGGACUCCUGCAUUGAUGUUGUUCAGAGCCCUAAGAUGCGGCGGAACGGCUUCGAGCUGAAGAUGCAGGACCGCUACAGCCACUUCCUGGCUGCAGACAGCGAGGUGGAGAUGGAGGACUGGGUGUCCACGCUGAAGCAGGCCCUGCAGAGCGCCACCGAGGCCGUUCCCGACAAGAGGAACGGAGCCGAGCCGCUGGACUUCAACACAGAUGACGACACAGUGAGCCAAGGGAAAGGAGAAGGUCUGCAGGAGAGCCAGGGGAGGAGCCUGCACUCAGAGCUCAUGAAGUACGUGAGGGAGACAGACCAGCUCAAUAAGAUCAACAGGAACGAAGGCAGACAAAAGCUUUUCUCCCUGGACCCUGAAACGCAGAGGCUGGACUUCUCGGGCAUCGAGCCAGACGUGAAGCCCUUCGAGGAGCGUUUCGGCCGCCGCAUCAUGGUCAGCUGCCACGACCUCACCUUCAGCCUGCAGGGCUGCGUUAACGAGAAGGCCGAUGGUGUCCUCACCAACGUGGAGCCGUUCUUCAUCUGCCUCUCACUUUUCGACCUGUCCAAAAACUGCAAGAUCUCGGCCGAUUUCCACGUGGACCUGAACCCUCCGUGUGUCCGGGAGAUGCUGACGGACACCUCCGGUCAACUUUCCCCGUCGUCUGACUCGGAGGGUGGAGGUGGAGGAUCGGGAGAGGGCGGUGGAGGAGGAGGAGGGGUCAUGGUGAACGGAGACUGUGGGAAAGGGAAAGGCCUUCCUGUUGUCCAGAGGGUGUCGGAGGCUCUACUUCGCUUCCCCACACAGGCCAUUUUCUCGGUGACCAACCCUCAUGCGGAUAUCUUCCUGGUGGCCCGAGUGGAGAAGGUUCUGCAGAACGGGAUCACCCACUGCACCGAGCCUUACAUCAAGACCUCGGACGCCAACAAGACGGCUCAGAAGGUGCUGAAAGCUGCCAAGCAGACCUGCCAACGCCUGGGCCAGUACAGGAUGCCUUUUGCCUGGGCGGCCAAGCAGGUGUUCAAGGACGCUCAGGGCAGCCUGGACAUGGAUGGGAAGUUUUCUCCUCUCUAUCGCCAGGACAGCAGCAAAAUCUCCACCGACGACCUGCUGAAGCUGCUGGCUGACAGCAGGAAACCUGAGAAGAGCAAACUUCAGAUCAUUCCAGGACAGCUGAAUGUGACCAUUGAAUGUGUCCCGCCUGAUUUCUCAAACACGGUGACGUCCUCCUACAUCCCCAUCAAACCCUUCGAGGACGGCUGCGAGCGGGUUUCCGUGGAGAUCGAGGAGUUCCUCCCCGUGGAGGCCAAGUACAACUACCCCUUCACCACCUACAAGAACCAGCUCUACAUUUACCCCCUGCAGCUGAAAUACGACAACCAGAAGGCCUUCACCAAGGCUCGGAACAUCGCUGUCUGCAUGCAGUUCAAAGAUUCAGAUGAGGAAGGUUCUGUCCCUUUAAAGUGCAUCUACGGCAAGCCGGGGGACUCGCUCUUUGCCAGCGGCGCCUACGCAGCCGUCCUGCACCACAACCAGAGCCCCGACUUCUACGACGAGGUUAAAAUCGAGCUGCCGGUCCACGUGCACGAGAGACACCACAUCCUGUUCACCUUUUACCACGUCAGCUGUGAGUCCAGCAGCAAGGCCAGCAGCAAGAAGAGAGACGGAGUGGAGUCACUGGUGGGAUACUCCUGGAUGCCUCUGCUCAAAGACGGGAGGAUGCAGUCAUCGGAGCUCCAGCUGCCUGUCGCUGCUGCUCUGCCUGCUGGGUAUCUGUGUCAGGACAGCAGGAAGUCCCAGCCAGAUAUAAAGUGGGUGGAAAAUGCCAAGCCACUGUUUAAAGUGAAGAGCCGUGUAGCGUCAACAAUAUAUCCUCAGGAUCUCCAUCUGCAUAAAUUCUUCCAGCACUGCCAGCUGAUGAAGACCAUGUCAGACGGCAACCCAGCAGAACUCAUCAAAUACCUGAAGUGCCUACAUGCCGUUGAGACUCACAUCGUCAUCACCUUCCUCCCAACGGUGCUGAUGCAGCUGUUUGAGGUGCUCACAGCCGCCACCAAAGAAACCCACGAGAUUGCUGUCAAUUCCCUGCGUGUAAUCAUACACAUAGUGUCCAAAUGUCACGAGGAAGGACUGGAACACUACCUGCGCUCCUUCGUUAAGUACGUCUUUGUGGCCAACGCUCCAGCAUCAGGAAGCUCGUCUACCACUCACGAAGUGCUGGCCACCGCUGUAACAGCCACUCUUAAGCAAACUGCAGAUUUCAACACCAGCAAUAAACUGCUCAGGUACUCAUGGUUCUUCUUUGAAACAAUGGCAAAGUCCAUGGCCCAGUACCUGCAGGAAGGGAACCGCAUGAAGAUGCCACGGGCCCAACGUUUCCCAGACAGCUUUCACCAGGCGCUGCAGUCCCUGGUACUGUCCAUUAUGCCCCACAUCACCAUCCGCCACAUGGAAAUCCCGGAGGAAGCCAGGAGCAUCAACUUGAGCCUGGCCAGUUUGAUCAAGAGGUGCAUGACGUUCAUGAACAGGGGCUUCGCGUUCGGCCUGGUCAACCACUACAUGUGCCACUUCAGCCUUAAGGAUCCAAAGGUGCUGACAGAAAUGAAGUUUGAGUUCCUAAUGGCGGUGUGUAACCACGAGCACUUCAUCCCUCUGAACUUGCCCAUGGCGUUCGGACGCACCAAGCUGCAGAGAGUUCAAGAUUUAAUACCGUACGCGACGGAGCUUUUUGGCCCUGUAGAGCAGAGUCUGGAGUUCAGCCUGACAGAGGAAUACUGCAGGAAUCACUUCCUGGUGGGUCUGCUGAUGAGAGAAGUGGCCGAGGCCCUGCAGCAGGGCCCUGAGGUCAGACAGCUGGCCGUCAGCAUUCUUAAGAACCUCCUGAUUAAACACGCCAUGGACGACCGCUACACGGCGUUUAAGAACCAGCAGGCCAGGAUCUGCUCGCUGUACCUGCCACUUUACGAGCUGCUCUACCAGAACCUGAAGCAGCUGUCGGCCCAGCCGCAGAUGUCAAGUCUUGGACUUGGUCUGAAUGGCUCCAGAGACGAGCUGAUACCCAGCAGCUCCGCGGACAGCCGGAGGAUCAGCACGGCCAUGGACAAAGACCACGGUCUCGCGCUGCUGAACGGCCAAGCUGUGAGGAGAGAGGACUCCAGAGGCUCUCUGUUUAUGGACUCAGGAGCAGCAGACAGCAUGGAGCUGCAGCGCCGCGGCUCCACCAUGAGCAGCAGCGCGGGGCCGCCCGCCGGCAGGCUGGGGCUCUAUGAGAUCAAGGGCCUCCUGUUCUCCUUCCUGCACAUUGUGAAGACCUUAUCAGAAGAGACUCUGAUGGCCUACUGGAGCAAAAUCGGCCCUCAGGACAUCAUGAAUUUCCUCAGCUUGUUGGAGACUUGUAUUAUCCAGUUUCGAUACAUUGGAAAGAGAAGCAUUGGCAGGAGCCAGGACGUAUGCGUGUCGAAGCUCUUCUCCUCAGACAGGAAGUCUCAGACGAUGCCGGCCAUGCGCUUCAACCGCGCUAGUCUGAUGCAGACCAAGAUUCACCAGUUCAGCACCAUGGAAACCUCCCUCACCCUCAACAUAGGGGCGGGGCCGUCGGAGGCAGAGAUCCACCAUCAGUCUCUGCUGGAGGGCAACAUCUCCACCGAGGUGUCCCUGAGCGUCCUGGACGUCCUCUCUCUCUUCUCCCAGUGUUUUAAGACCCAGCUGCUGGACGGCGACGGUCACAACCCCCUGAUGAGGAAAGUGUUUGACGUCUACCUGACCUUCCUGAAGGUGGGCCAGUCGGAAGCCGCUAUCAGACACGUGUUCGCCGCGCUCCGAGGUUUCAUCAACAAGUUCCCGUCUGUGCUGUUUAAGGGCCGUGUGACGCUGUGUGAGGACCUGUGCUGCGAGGUGCUCAAAUGCUGCGUCUCCAAGCUGGCCGUCCUGCGGGCCGAGGCGUCGGCACUGCUCUACCUGCUCAUGAGAAACAACUACGAGUUCACCAAGAGGAAGACCUUCCUGCGCACGCACCUGCAGAUCAUCAUCGCAGUGAGCCAGCUGAUCUCUGACGUGGCGCUCACAGGCAGCUCCCGUUUCCAGGAGUCGCUUUCCAUCAUCAACAACUUCGCAAACAGCGACAAGGCCAUGAAGUCCACAGCCUUCCCCGGUGAGGUGAAAGGUCUGACCAUGCGGAUCCGGACGGUUCUGAUGGCCACGGCCCAGAUGAGGGAGCACGAGAAAGACCCCGAGAUGCUCCUGGACCUCCAGUACAGCCUGGCGCGGUCCUACGCCAGCACCCCGGAGCUGCGGCGGACCUGGCUGGACAGCAUGGCCAGAGCGCACCUGAAGAACGGAGACCUGUCCGAGGCUGCCAUGUGCUACGUUCAUGUGGCUGCGCUGGUUGCUGAGUAUCUGUACAGAAAAAAGUUGUUCCCGUGCGGUCUGACUGCAUUCAAGAAGGUCACGCUUAACAUCGAGGAGGAAGCGGCCAUGAAGGAGGACGCAGGAAUGCAGGAUGUGUAUUACACUGAGGAAGUCCUGGUGGAGCACCUGGAGGUGUGUGUGGAGGCCCUGUGGAAAGCCGAGCGUUACGAGCUCAUCACACACAUCGCCAAGCUUAUCAUCCCCAUCUAUGAGAAACGUCAUGAAUACGAGAAACUGAGUCGCCUGUAUGACACUCUGCACAGAGCCUACAACAAAAUCAUGGAGGUGAUCCAGUCAGGCCGCAGGCUGCUGGGGACGUAUUUCAGAGUGGCUUUUUAUGGGCAGGGUUUCUUCGAGGAAGAGGAUGGAAAGGAGUACAUCUACAAAGAGCCCAAACUCACCGGCCUGUCCGAGAUCUCGCAGCGCCUGCUCACCCUCUACGGCGACAAGUUUGGCCCGGAAAACGUCAAGAUCAUUCAGGACUCCAACAAGGUCAACCCCAAGGAGCUGGACUCCAGGUUCGCCUACGUCCAGGUGACGUUCGUCAAGCCCUACUUCGACGAGAAGGAGGCGCUGGAGAAGAAGACGGACUUCGAGAAGUGCCACAACAUCAGGAACUUUGUGUUCGAGACGCCGUACACGCUGUCGGGGAAGAAACACGGCGGCGUGGAGGAGCAGUGCAAGAGGAGGACCGUCCUUACAACCGCCAACACCUUCCCGUACGUGAAAAAGCGCAUCGAGGUGAAGGGGGAGAGGCAGGUGGAGCUGAAGCCCGUGGACGUGGCCAUCGACGAGAUGGGGGCGCGCACGGCCGAGCUGACCAAGCUCUGCUCCAGCCAGGAAGUGGACAUGAUCCAGCUGCAGCUCAAGCUGCAGGGCUGCGUCUCGGUGCAGGUGAAUGCAGGCCCCAUGGCGUACGCCCGGGCCUUCCUGGACGACAGCAAGUCCAACUCAUCCGGCAGUAAGAAAGUCAAAGAGCUCAAGGAGGUUUUCAGGCAUUUUGUGGAGGCGUGCAGCAUGGCGCUAGACAUUAACGAGCGGAUCAUCAAGGAGGACCAGUUCGAGUAUCACGAGGGCCUGAAGUCCAACUUCAAGGACAUGGUGAAGGAGCUGUCUGACAUCAUCCAUGAACAGCUUUAAGGAAAAGCAGAUCUACCAGGAGGACAUGAUGCGGUCGCUGCUGCAGAACUCCCUCCAUGUUUUCCGUGCCAUCAGCGGGACGUCCACAGACAUGAGCUGACCUCAAACACUCGGCCCCCUCCUCCAGCCCCCCUCUGUGUUCUCACAGCUCGCCCCUCCAAACAUAAUGUUUACCCUUCCACAUUUCCCUUAAGGUUGUAAACUGGGCGAUAACGGGAGCAGCUGCUUGCCAAGAAGCCGCCCUUCCUUCGUGUCUCUCUGCCUGACGUGCAAAGGAAUCUGUGGGGCAAAAAAAAAAAUCAAAACUAAAACCUAGCAUGGUGGAGGGGUUGGAUAUUCACAUCACAAUGAGCAGUAUUUCUCAGAAUGUAUAGAAACAAAAGCUGGGCUUGAAUGUGUGCAUGUCAGAUAAAGCUGAUGGACUCCAGACUCUUCUCCCGCCUCAUGGAAGGGGGCGUGGCCCCGAGGAUCUAUGCAGAACCUCUCUCUCUGUCCCGCCGUCACCGUUUCCUACAGGAGAGCGCUUCUUCUUUUAAAGCCGCUUUUAUUUUAGCCGCACUUCACCGUUUCCUGUUUUCACCCUCUUUUAUUUCUUUCACGCCAAGUUGAAAAAACACAAGCAGCUCCAUUGUGACAGGCUGUAAAAGCGAAAGCAUCAGGAUGUGAUGCAAAGUGUUUGGGAUUUUAUUUUAUUAUUUUUCAAAUGCGACAGCGCGUUCCAGCCACGUUGGGGGGAAGAAAGUUGCGCUGCGGGUCAGAAAGGUGCCUUGUGUUUCUACACUGUCAACAACAGGAAGCGUUUGACUCCUGAUAAAUGCUCACAGGUCCAAGAGUUCUUCCAACUUUGUAUGCCUAGAUGCUGAAUUCUUGGGUCUGGACUUUGACUGGGUCAUUCUAACACACAAAUACAUUUAAAUGUAAUCUGUUCUGCCGUGUGACCAUGAGACCUUCCACAUGUCUCCUGUGGCCCCAGACUGAGUCCAGGCGACAGGCACUGGGUUUUAUUUAGGGAGUAUCAGGCUGAUGAAAAUACUUUAUCUUCCACCUAACAAAUAUGUUCUACUUUGUGAAUCCUGAUGAAAUACGUGACAAAAUGUGUGAAAGUUAAAGAUGUGUUUUAAUCGUGCACCGAUUGCAGUUUUCUGGCUGAUCGCCGAUUUUUAAAAGCCUGACCUGCUGAUUCCGUUUUUAGCUCAAACUGAUUUUUGGGGUUUUUUUUUGGUCUUUAAACUUGCUAAAUGUAGCUAUAAAGCUAAGCCAGCGACAAUGGAGUGACUGUUGUUAGCCGCACACGUGCAGACGAGACAUGAUGGGCUGUAUGUAUCGACCAAUCACAGAUCACCUGGAAUUAAGGAAAUGGGGCCAAUUUAUCUGUCCACCCCUUUAGAGGAAAAGGAAACUUCAAACUUCAGCUUCUUGCCAAGGUGUAUUAGCUGUGUAGCAAUGCUGAUGAAAACAUUUUUUUUUUUUUUUUAUAAAACUAUGCUGUAAGGAUUUUUUUUUUAAAGCAAGGCAAUAAGUAGAGACUAAUAAAAGAUACCAGAGCUUUAAUUCUUUAAACAUUCUCUUCCUUUGAAAUCGGGACUGGGCUCAGAAAUAAAAGCUGUGUGAUAAUAUUUACUCGUUAAAGAGCUCCUCUCAUCUACGUUUAGAUCUGGUGCCUUCACACUCUGCCUUCAGGAAGAAAAAAACAAACAAACAGAAAACCUCCUCUAACUCGACUAAUAGACGUCAUCGCGGGUCGGUUCGGUUAUUCCAAGUAUUUCACAAGUGCUACACUGAAACGAGCAAAUAGAUGAUUAAUAUUUAAGAUGAUGUGUACAUAAACUGUUGACAUGAUGUAAAUUCAAUUCUGUAUCCAUGUAUGUUUGUAUGUAUGUAUGAUAUUUUAUAGCUGCAUACAAAAUCUGUCUUAGCAAAGACUUUUGUUCUUAUCUUUUUAGUUUUAUUGCAUUAUUUACAAAAGGUGCAGCUGCUUGUCAAGUUUACUUUGUAAAGCUUUUUUCCCAAUAAAACCUGAAAAUAUUGAUUAUGCA